CACCUACCAACCCAUUGAUCUUUUUUUUUCUUUUCCUUCUUAAGACGUUAUUAACAAGGUCCACAUCCAUAACAGCACUUUGAAAGAAGGCGAAAAUCUGAGCAUCCGACUCUGGAAAUGGCGACUAUUUCCAAGCUCUCCAAUCCAAGCCUUGCAUAUUCAUCUUCAACCUCUUUCACUUCCAGGAAUUCAUCACCUGCUCCGAAAUGUUUCCUCGAUUUCCGCACUAGACCUUCUUUCUCCUCUCGAAUAUCAUCCUCUAAGCUCUUGACCUGCGCCGUGCCUUCUCCUAAGGGAUCUCUCGUUGUUAGAUGCUCUCAGGCUGGAGGAAAUGGAAUCCCAAUCAAGAGAACAACUCUUCACGAUCUGUAUGAGAAGCAAGGGCAAAGCCCAUGGUAUGAUAACCUGUGUCGUCCUGUUACUGAUCUAAUCCCAUUGAUUGAGAGCGGUGUUAGAGGUGUUACCAGCAAUCCAGCGAUUUUCCAGAAAGCUAUAUCCACUUCAAAUGCCUACAAUGAUCAAUUCACGGAGCUUGUACAAGCCGGGAAAGAUAUUGAAACCCUGUAUUGGGAACUUGUGGUAAAAGACAUCCAAGAUGCAUGCAAACUCUUUGAGGCAAUUUAUGAUGAAUCAAAUGCAGGGGAUGGCUAUGUUUCAGUUGAAGUGUCACCUAGACUUGCUGAUGAUACUGAAGGUACUGUUGAGGCUGCAAAAUGGCUUCACCAGAAGGUUGACAGAAGAAACGUAUACAUAAAAAUUCCUGCUACAAGCCCGUGCAUUGCUUCCAUCAAGGAAGUCAUUGCAAAUGGAAUUAGUGUGAAUGUAACGCUCAUAUUCUCUCUCGCAAGAUAUGAAGCUGUAAUUGAUGCUUACCUGAAUGGUCUUGAAGCUUCUGGCCUAAAUGAUCUCUCCAAAGUUACAAGUGUUGCUUCCUUUUUUGUUAGUCGUGUAGACACACUUGUUGAUAAAUUGCUGGAGAAAAGUGGAACACCAGAGGCUCUUGGUCUUCGUGGGAAGGCUGCAAAUGCUCAGGCUGCCAUGGCUUUCCAGUUGUAUCAGAAGAAAUUUUCUGGUCCAAGAUGGGAGGCUCUGGUGAAGAAAGGUGCGAAGAAGCAGAGGCUUCUAUGGGCAUCAACUAGUGUUAAGAAUCCAGCUUAUCCAGACACUCUGUAUGUGGAUCCUCUCAUUGGACCAGACACGGUUUCAACCAUGCCGGAUCAAGCUCUUCAAGCAUUCAUGGAUCACGGAACCAUUGCAAGGACAAUCGACUCGAGCGUAUCUGAAGCCAAAGGCAUUUACAGCGCCAUUGAGAAGUUGGGCAUUGAGUGGAAGUACGUUGGCGACCGUCUUGAGGUUGAAGGUGUGGACUCUUUCAAGAAUAGCUUUGAUAGCUUGAUUGAUAGCCUGCAGGAGAAGGCAAACUCCAUCAAGAUGGUUUCUCUGUAACAAUAAUAAUACAUAUAGUAAAUCCCAUCAAGCCUUAAGCUUAGUUUUUCAAUUUACGAAUAAAUGGCUAAAAAUGCUGGCUGGAUUUCAAGAGUGAGUUUUUCAAUGUAUUAUUAUUACAUAAUAACAUGAUGGGAGUUUUGUGCUCGAUGUGUAGCAAAGCAAAUACAAGAAAUGGACAUUCGGGUUGUUUUGGCAUACAACUGUUCAAUUAGCAGUUUAUAUUUGCCGAUUCAACUAGUUGUUAACUUAUUCUUGUUAAGAAAAGUAAACAAAAAAAGGUUAAUGAU